AAAUAAAAAUUAAUAAAAGUUAAUAAAAAUUAAUUUUGAAAAUUAACUAUUAAUUAUUCUUUUCCUGUAAUAUUUAUUUACGUUUUCAGUAUAAAAAAAAAUUUUCCGUAUUAAACCAAAUUAAUGAUGAUUAAAGACGAUGACGAGGAUAAUAACGAGUGUCUAAAAAUCGGAAAAGGAAAAAAAAAUUUCGAAACUUUUGAUGAUGUUUUACCUUACAUUGGAGAUUUGGGAAAAUAUCAAUGGAUUUUAAUAACAAUUUUUCUACCAUUUGGUUUGGCAUUCAUGAUAGUAUUUUUCUCACAAAUAUUUAUAACCGCUGUGCCACAAAAACACUGGUGUAAAGUCAAUGAGUUUAUUGAUUUUAAUUUAACAAAAGAGCAAAGAUUUAAACUAGUUAUUCCACAAGGAAAAUAUCCAUUUUUUGACAGAUGUCAUUAUAGAAAAUAUAAUUUCCCAAAUAUUAGUGAAAAAUUAGAAGAGAAUUAUAAUUUUUCAAAAUGGGAAACAGAAGAAAUAAUUCAGUGCAAUCAAUGGGAGUACGAUUUUAAUGAGAUUCCGUACUCCAGCAUCGGUACUGAGUUGAACUGGGUUUGCGACCAAGAAUACCUAGUAGCAGCGGCUCAAUCAAUUUUUUACAUUGGUUCGAUUUGUGGAAAUUUUCUCUUCGGUUGGAUCUCCGAUCGCUAUGGUCGGAAGAAAGGUUUACUUUGUUGCUCAGCAACGGCAUUUAUUGCUUCAAUUGGAACUGCUAACACCCACAAUUUUUGGUCCUUCGCUCUUUGCCGAUUUUUCAUGGGUUUCGCAUUUGAUAACAUUAUAAAUAUUCCUUUGAUUAUCGUUUUGGAAUAUACGGCAACAAGAAAAAGAUCAUUAAUUGCUUCACUGGGCGUUGGUUUUAAUCUCAGUAUUGGGGUAUUGAUAUUAACUUGGAUUUCAUAUUUUUCGAGAAAUUGGAGAAUUUUGGCUUAUAUAAAUUCAGUGCCACUUCUUGUUUGUUUUUUACUCACAUUCUUAAUGCCAGAAAGCAUUCGUUGGUAUGUAUCCAGAGGAAAGUUUGAAGAAAUUAAAAAAAGAAUUCGAAGAAUAUCCGAAGUGAAUGGUAAAAAUCCGGAAUUUAGAAUAAUUGAUUAAUUUAUUUUAAACAUAACUUAUUUAAAAAAUAUUGUUGAAAAUGCCACUCUCUUCGAUUUGAGAAAAACUUCAGCAC